AAUAAAAAAAUUCUUCUAAUAAAAUUCAAUUUAAUAAAUAUCAAAAUUGCAUAUAUAUUACAACAUAUAUUCAAUAUUAGAUUGCAUUAUUCAAUUACGUAUAUAUACGUGUAUAAUCUUAAAGUCCUGACUUUAUUUAGUUUUCUCUAUACGUGAGAAAAUACAUGAUGGCGUAUCUCGCUCAUAGCGCUCACGUUAUAUAAUGUACACAAAGUAUAGUGAAUUGUCAUUAGUAUAUUAUAUCGUUAUCUUGAUACAAUUCUAAGCAACGAAUAUAAACCAUCAAGUUACUCCAUCUAUCUAGUAGAUCUCUUAUCACGAUUUUCUUCUUGCUUGUUCCAAUGAUCGGCUUUCAAAUCAUCAUCAUCGUCUUGAGAAAAGGAGAGUUCUUUCCUCCAUUUAGCGGGUUAACUAUCCGAUAAUGCCGAGUGACGGCCCUUCGGUAAUCGUAAUUGGUGCUCCGGAAAGUGGAGCCAUUCGACGUCACGGACGGUUGCUCAACAAGAAUCGUCGAAAAUCUUACGAACGGAGGAAAAUAGGGUCUUUUAGUGAAUUUCUUGAGCUUACAGUAGAUAUUUCUGAGGUUCAUGUGGGAUUCGAAUCUAUAAGAUUUUUGAUAGACCUCUUUCGUGUGGCUCAGUAUGCUCGUCUUCACUCACGCUCGAGAGAGACACGUCUUGUCUGUGGUCGACAGAGAAGAUGUGAAAGGAACCUGACCCGCGAUGCUGCUGGGGUGAAUUAUGCAAAUGCGACAAUAACCGAAUGUCAAUCAGGAAGAAAGUUAAAUUCCACAGAUACUGGAUUGGCUGCCGGUUCUACCAGGCCAAGUCUUUCCUUCUGGAAAAGUUAAAGGCAAUGAUGGCCGCGGGGGCAGAAUGACGAGCGACACGCCGCUCUUUCGAACGUAAUUUAAACUUCCUCAAGAUUCUAUCGUCAGAGAUUAAAAUGAUUCGUUCCUUCUUGCCACCGACUUUGUUCCCGCUCAAUGAAAGAUUUGUUUGCGACACUGUUUCAGAUGCUCCAAGCUUAAGGUGUAAAUUGUUCUCGGAUAUAUAUACAUAUGGGAAUGGAAUUUUCAUUGAUUUUUCUUGAUUUCAAAUGAAUAAAUAUUCACAGUGUACUUGAAAUGAUUUUUAUUAUGUGUAUAUUAAUUCAGUGUUAUUUUAAAUUUAAAAAAAAUUUUUUCAGGAUAUUAAUAUUAAUAUAAAUUAAGUUAAAUACAAAAUUAUAUUAAUAUUAUAUAAAUAAUAAAAUAAGACAAAAAAAAAUAUUUUCAUUUUCAAUAUUUUUUAUCUUCUAUCACUUCUAUUAUAAUACAGUAAUUUUAC